AUGCUCUCACGGCACGACGAAUGCUCUCACGGCACGACGAAUGCUCUCACGGCACGGCGAAUGCUCUCAUGGCACCGCGAAUGCUAUCACGGCACCGCGAAUGCUCCCGCGAAUGCUCCCGCGAAUGCUCCCGCGAACGCUCCCGCGAACGCUCCCGCGAGGGCUUCCGCGAGUGCUCCCAGAGCACUCACCAAUGCUCACAGAGCUGAGGCAUUCGUCAUACCCACUCAAGGUGAGGCAACCCUCAUUUGGGCUCCUUUGGAUUGA